ACCAUGGAAACUCAAAAGCUAGUUAUGUUACAGUUAGUUAGCUAUUGCCAAAGCAUUUGAAACUAGGCCAUUACCCAGACCUGUUUUUCUACACAGCUCUUGCCAGUGCAGAUCAAAGGCAGGCAGGCAUGCAGGCAUGCAGGCAGGCAGGCUGUCUGUCUGUACUGGCUAGUCCGUCUCGUCCAUCUGGUUUGCACUGUCCUCGGAAUGACGAAAAGGAAAAUUCCCCAACACCGGACUUUUGGUGAUCAUUCUUUCUGGGACACCCACUGCCAAUCCUACCCUGUCUUCCGUCGACGCGACGCCGUCCCUGACCCCGUCCGCCUCUCGUCGGACUCCGCGAUUGGAGUUACAGACUCCGUCGUCGCCAAUACGGUCCCCGUCAAUCCGUACCGCCGAAUCCGUCCCGAAUCAAUCCCUGCUCAACGGCGUGCCGGCGAUGGAUCAUCCGACUCCUGUACCUCACCAGAGCACCGCCGAGAGCCAAGCCAAAACAAAACACAGGCCGUGAAUGCGCCUCUCUCGAAGGCCUCAUUAUCACGGACCGGAAGGAGCGCUCCGACCAGUAUACCGCCAAGUGCGGAAAGCAGAGACACCGGAAUGAAAGUGCCUUUCCCCGGCACUGCCUACCCGUCGGAGCAAUCAUCACCAACGCAGAGUGUACAAGCCCUUUUCGUCCAUUCUGAAUCCAUCCCAAGCAAUUCUUCGCCACGCCUCCUCCACUCCAACGGACCCCAAUAUUGAGAUCAUCCGCCAAGCACUGCUGACUCCAUCUUCCCAGGGUAUCACCUUGGCGGCGUAGGUCAACGCCGCCUCGAACGGCACGCCGUCCACUGUUUCGCAAACACUCGGGACAACUACCACGCCCGGUCACGGGACCGACACGCCUGCUCCUGGCGCGACGCAAGCGCACCGUAACGGAUCCUAACCUUACCGACAGUAAAACCAGCCCCAACCGCACACAACAAGCUUGCACUUUGGCUUCCGUACGCUGGACCGGGGGAUCCGUCGUCACACGUGGGAUCCAUACAUGCUCCAACAAGUUCGAUGAAAAGCCAUUCUGCAUUGUGUUCAUAUAAUUCAAAAACACAUUCGCGUUACACUUGCCAAUGAAGAGAGCUGUGUGUAAAACCGGACAUAUUUGGGCAUUUUGCCCGCUUGCAACCGUGCCGACACCAGCUGAAAGAAUGUAGCAAUACCCGUUUCCAUUUCUUCUUGUGGAAAGUGAAGAAUCGCUGGUAACAGCACGUCAAAUGUAUUGGUCGCUGUAGCUCUUGACGAAAUCAGCUUUUGGAAAGCACCCAAUAUGUGAUUUUACUUGUCUCAGCAACUCUGGUGCCGCCUACGAAUGUAGGCUUGCAUCAGACAUGACAACGCCGAACAUUUCCACGCUUAUCCCAAAGACCCGGCCGGGGUCAGCAACGGGGGAAAGAGUGCUUGGUAGGCCGUAUCCAAGCCAUUAGGGCGAUACUCUAGUAGCUGUGCCAAGACUUGGGAGGCGGAAGGUGUGAACUCCUCAAUAUCCAUUUGCAGCACUAUGUCGAAUAGUUCGAACAAGAGAGGUUGAGGUUCAAAUAGUGCUGUGGCAGUGUGGUCUACGGAGCACCAAUGGUGGACCAUGCUCUCGUAAUGCCGAGUAACAUUGGAGUAUCGCACAUGAAACAGGACCAAGUGGUUGGUUCCGUCCUUUUCCUUCACCACGAAAUGUGGACAGUGUGCCGUACCGUUGGCAUCCUUCCUUGGCUGCCAUCUCAUGGCGUAUGGUUGUCAACACAUGGAGGCCAUCCAGACGAUGGGAUCCCGAAUCGCGACGGCAGCAAAACAUUGUCGGCCUCGAGGUCUUUGUCGUGAGCCGCUGUUGAAAUCUUCGUCGUCCACUGCCGUGUGCCUACCUCAAGGCACCUGCCAUCGUAUGCCCAGUGAUCCAGCAGGGCCGUAAACCUUUCUUGCGGAAGGAAGGUCGCAAUUUUGAAGCAAGAGCGCGGCCAACAGAUAUAUAUAUAACUCGCUUUCACGUUCGCUAAUGUAAGUCCCUGUAGUUUGCACCAGGCGUCAUCACGUUCCUUGACCGUGACCUUAGAAAACCCCCAGCUCCUGCAUACGCAAUAGGCGCUCGUCCUCUGUGGCUUC